AUGCUCACCCUCGACGGCUCGACCCUUGAAGGGGGCGGCCAGCUCGUCCGCGUGGCCCUCUCGCUCUCCGCCAUCUGCAAGGUCCCCGUGUCCAUCUACAACAUCCGCGCCGGCAGGGGAGCACAUUCAUUCCAGAAGCGGGCUCGCGACGGUCGAAGAAACCACCAGGGUGGCCGUGCGAGCCAGGGGCCUUGUCCACAUCCCAGGGGAGGAAUGGACGCGAAUAACAAUGCUGCACCGGCAAAGAAGCAGAAGCCCGAUGGCGGGCUGAAGGAAAGCCACCUGGCCGCCCUGACGUGGUUGGCGCGCGAGUGCCGUGCGCACGCCGAGGGCGCCGAGAUGGGCAGCCAGGAACUCACGUUCAAGCCUGCCCGUGUGCCCAAAGACGGCCACGGGCCUGUGCCACGGAGCAAGGCGGAAGAGAACGCCAGUGACGAUAUAGAAGUCAUCGAGCUGAAGAACCCCGGCAGCGUGUGGCUGAUCUGGCAGGCGAUUUUCCCGUACAUCGUCUUCUCGCUGCUCCACCGCCACCGUCAGCGUGGCAAAGAAGGGUCAGAAACGUCGGCCUUCCGCAUCCGUCUCAGGGGCGGGACGAACGUCCCCAAGUCCCCCUCCAGCGAAUAUGUGCAGCAGGUGCUUCUUCCGUUGUUUGAGCGCAUCGGCCUGCCCAGAGUCGACGUCCAGGUCUUGAGGCGUGGAUGGACGACCGGUGUAGCGGAGAUUGGAGAGGUCGAGAUAGCUGUGUUCCAUCCGGAACAAUGUUUGGGAGAUGAGGUGGACGGGAUGGUCAGAAACCAGAAAGAAAAAGCCAGAGAAGAUGAGGUCGACAGAGGGGACGGGUUUGUCCUCGCCCCUUUCCAGCUCAGAUCGCCCGAAACGACGACCACCGUCACCUCCAUCUCCAUGACCAUCCUCGCCGGGUCUCCCCAGACGCACUCGCUCGUCCAGUCACAGCUUCUCGAAUCCCUCCGGGCCAUACCGGCAUUCGCAUCCCCCGCCAUGCCGCCCAUCCAGCUACAUCCUUCCUCCUCGGCAGACUCCAGCGACGAGCGACGCCUCUACAUCCUCUUGGUCGCCCACACCUCGGCGGGCUACCCGCUGGGGAGCGACUACCUCAGCCCGGGCCGGAAGAUGGCGAACGACACGGACCGACAGCGCACGGUGGACGAGGCGGUGGGCAGCGUCGUACGAGCAUUCGCCAGAGAGUGUGCGCGGGGAGGAGGCUGUGUAGAUGAAUUCGCGGAGGACCAGUUGGUCAUUUUCCAGGCUCUGGCGGACGGUGCGUCGAGUGUUGACGUGGGGAAGUCAGGGAAAAGGGGGGGUAUAAAGGGAAGGGAGGAGACGGGGAGUCUACAUACGAGGACCGUACGGUGGGUGUGUCGUGAGAUGUUGGGAACCGUCUUUGAUGGGUACGGUGGAUGUGAAGGAGGGGGAAUGAAGAGGGACAAAGGGCGUUUGGACGACGUGGGGGACGAGUUGGAAGCAUUGAGUAUCACCGACAACGAGGAUGAGAAAGAGUAA